AUGCCCUCCCCACCUCCUGCCUGGGUCCAGGCCCUGAAACCUGCCGGCCCUCACGGCUCCGAGUUGCUUGCAAAAGAGCGCGCCCAAUCCAACGUCGCCGUCACUGAGCUGGCAGAACUGCUACACACCAAAGAAACGCUGGAUCGCCAGAAGGAUCUCGUGGCUGUUCUGCAAUCGGAGAAGGUUUUUGACAAAUCUCAAAGCCAGAGUCUUGGUCGUGUUGAGCGGAUCCAGCGUGCCCUGGCCAAGGGCAAACGGCUGCAACAACUCUCAGUCGAGCGCAAGUGGACUCUCGAAGAGUACCACGCAGCCGCUAAUUUAAUCGGAGAACCAACUCCGUACGCCCUGCAUGCGAGCAUGUUCCUGGUAACGCUUCGAGAACAAAGCAACCCCGAACAACGAAAGCUCUUCCUUGAGCGCGCAGAGAAGUACGAGAUUAUCGGAUGUUAUGCUCAGACAGAGCUGGGCCACGGUUCGAAUGUGCGCGGCCUCGAAACAACCGCAACAUGGAAUCCCGAGGAUAAGACAUUCACACUGCAUUCCCCCACACUUACAGCCUCCAAAUGGUGGAUCGGCUCCCUGGGACGUACUGCCAACCACGCGGUCGUGAUGGCACAGCUCUUUAUCGGUGGCAAAAAUUACGGGCCUCACCCAUUUGUCGUGCAAAUCCGUGAUCUGCAAACCCACCUGCCUUUAGAAAAUGUCUACGUGGGUGACAUUGGGCCCAAGUUUGGUUACAAUACCAUGGACAAUGGCUUCCUGCUGUUUAACAAGCUCAAAAUCCCGCACAUCAGCAUGCUGGCUCGCUUUUCUCGAGUGGACCCUGAUACUAACAAAUACGUACGCCCGGCGCUGCCAACUCUUGUCUACGGAACUAUGACUUGGGUCAGGUCGAAUAUCGUGUUGGAUGCUGGUAGUGUGCUAGCUCGUGGUGUUACCAUCGCUACUCGUUACUGCGCCGUUCGCAGACAGUUUCAAGACCGAGACGCUGACCGCAAUGCGGGCGAGACACAGGUUUUGAAUUAUAAAAUGGUUCAAGUUCGCCUAUUACCGCUGUUAGCGUCCAUGUAUGCCCUACACUUUACUGGACGCGGCAUGAUGAAGCUCUAUCAAGAAAGCCAGACUCGUAUGAAAGGAGCUACACAGUCAGGCCAGGACACUCGUAGUCCCGGUCCUGAGGAGCUGCGCGCCGGAGCCGACCUGCUUGCGGACUUGCACGCGACUUCGUGCGGUCUCAAGGCACUCGCCAGUACCACAGCUGGUGAGGGUUUGGAAAUCUGUCGUCGUGCAUGUGGUGGCCAUGGUUAUAGUAGCUAUAGUGGCAUCGGGCCAUGGUACUCGGAUUACCUGCCGACACUGACUUGGGAGGGCGACAAUUAUAUGCUAACGCAACAAGUCGCUCGAUAUCUCCUCAAAGCCGCACGGGCCGUUCUAGCUGGCAAAGGCACUGGUAACGACACAAGCCAGAUUCUGCAGAGCUAUCUGGCUCGUAAGGAUAAGGGCGCUUCCUUUGACAUUCUCGAAGUUGAUAGCGAAAUUGUAGCUGCGUUCGCCUGGCGUACAGCUCAUCUCACUUUCGAAGCCCUUAAGCACCGUGAUGUGGAGAAACGGUCUUGGAAUAGUCUGCUUGUAGACUUUUGGCGGCUGUCAACAUCGCAUUCCCAGUACCUCGUCGUCAAAAAUUUCUACGACUCAGUUUCUUCUCGCGAGUUGACUUCGUCCGUCGAUGCAGCAACCGCUGAGGUGCUACGCAAGCUCUUCCGCCUAUACGCCUUGCACACCCUCGAGCGUGAGGCCGCCGACUUUUACUCCUCUGGUGCUGUGACUGUGCGACAGAUCACUCUGACACGCACUAAGGCUGUGCUAUCCUUACUCGACGAUAUUCGACCACACGCCGUGCGCCUUGUCGAUGCCUGGCAGAUCCCUGACUGGGUGCUCGAUAGUAGCCUCGGUCGGUCUGACGGCGCGGUAUAUGAAGAUCUUUUCCGUCGCGCUAGCCAGGAGAAUCCAGUCAAUGAUCUUAUUUUCGAUCCAUACCCGUGGAACGAAGCGGUGCUCAAGAAGCCACUUAGCAAGCUGUAG